AUGGAAGACUAUUCUAAUUCCUUUGAAACCUCUCAGGAAAAUAAUGUAAAAUCGCAAAAACUUUCCGUUUCACUUCCACACGAUUCAUCAAGUAGCGCAAAAUCGGUCUCUGAACAUUCUAGUCCGUUAUCUGAAACCCGCAAUAAUAUGCGUUGUUAUACCUAUGAUGAAGAGGUACCUGAUCUACCAAGUGAUUUGGUAAUUAAUGACGAAAGUUCUUCAGGAUCUAAAAAUUGUGGCCUGUCAAGCGAUCAAGCGUUAGAAAAAUUGGUUAAAAUAGCAAAUGACAUUCUUGAUGAACACCAUUCACCAUUGCAAACUUGCAAAUGUAUAUUCAUUCAUAUGUGUUCUGCAAUUAUAAUUUUUUCGUUUUUGGUGUUCAAUGGAUUUCUAUGUAUUAGAGAAAAAAGGCUGAUUUCUUUGGAAAUUAAUGAGCGUGCAAAGAAUAUUGUUAAUCAACUGAAACAAAGUGGAAUGAAUACUAUCCAGGACAUUAAAAUACCUUUUGUUCCAUCACUUACGGUUGCCAAAGUUGUACGUGAUGGACUUGUACGAAGUUUUCCAACGACUUUAUUGGUAGAAGGUGACAUUGUAGAAAUGUUGUACGGCGAUAUUGCACCAUGUAGAAUGACAUUUAUUUCUGAUAAUGUCCCAAAAGAACUUUCUAUAAAACAAUUGGAGCUAUCCCAAGUUUUUAAACCUUCAUUUUUUAGUGGAAUGUCAUCAAAAGAUUUAUGGGAGAUGCAUAUUAAAAAUAAAGGAAGAUAUCAAUUUGUCCUUUUAGAAACUCCAUGGGCAAAUUGCUUAAGGGCUGUAUUGAAACAAAAGCGACCCGCAACAAUCAUUGCAAAACAAGCUGAGGUCCUGGAGAGAGUCUUUCUUCAUCGGAUAAUAUUCGUCAUACUUGGUGUGACUUUAGUAACUAAUCUUAUAAGAUACAUAUUAACUGAAGUGAUAGGAAAUUAUAAUUAUGAUCAAGCGUUUGAAAUGUUGUUAGUGUUGCCGAUAUAUUCAAUUAUUCCAAUAAUACCAUUGGCAUUUCCAAUGUUAUGGAUUAUUACGCGUAGUUUUGCAAAUGCAACUCUGUUGGUUUUAUUUGAAGCCUUACAAAUAUCUGAAACAGAAUAUGAAGAAUAUGAUGAGAUGGAUGAAUUUGAUGCUGAGGCGCCUCCACCUACGAAAAAUGUUCAGAUUGAUAGAGCCGCUGUAUGGAAUAAAUUUCAACAUUUAUUCACAGCACGAGAUGGCGAAUCACUUUAUCGAUCAACAAACUUGUUUGAAUCGCUUGGAAGUGCUACGGUUAUUUGUUCACUUGAUCGUGAAGGUACUAUUUCAUCGCCAUUUGCAUCGGUUGAUCAAAUUUUGUUUCCAAACGAAGAAGAAGAUAUAACAGUUCUUGACAUAGCGGAGGAUCCAAGUACCUCUUUCCGUGUUAAAUUUGAGGAUCAGGAUUGGGACCAACAUUUAUCUCGACUUAAACCUCUUGGUCUUAAUCUUUUAUUAAACACAAAUUGUGGAGUGUUGCAAGGACGAAAACGCGCCGAACAGCAUAGGAAAAAUUCUAGCUUUCACAUUCAUGCUAAGAUAAAGCCUGCAAGACAAUCAUGUUUAUGCCGUCUUGGUAAAGAAAUUGGAUUUACCGAUGAUGCUCUACAAUCUUUUGUAAAAAGAAAAGAAAUCUUUGUAAAUGCGCCAUGCCAUCCGUCAUUAAAAGAGCGUAUGACAAAGGAUCAAUGGGAAGUUCCUAGCAUGAAUUCAUCGAUUUACGAAGAACUAAAUUCAGGCAUUUGUCAAUUACUGUCUGAUGGAAAUUUGGAUAUUAUACUUGAUAACUGUUCCGAUUAUUGGAAUGGUCAAGGACUGCAAGCCAUGAGCGAAGUGAUUGAAAAUAAGAUUUAUGAUUUUUAUCAAAAUGCUAUUAUUAAUGACAUGCAAUGUGUUGCUUAUGCAUAUCGUCCAAUUAAUGUUGUAAAUGGAAAUAAAAUCCCAUUUUUAAACUCGACAUCAUCUGAUUCAGGUGAUACCUAUGUUGUAUUGCCAAGUCCACCAGAGGCUGAAUUUGUAUCUGAUUCCGAAGAUCAGGAUCUUUCCUUAUCUCAAUUAGUUAGAUUAUAUCGCCUGAAAAAUGGCUUAUUGGAAGCAAACCUUCAUGACUUUUCAUUUGACCAAGAGAAUACAACUUCACAGGAUGAAGAAUUGUUUUAUCAGGAAGUUAUUCAGGGACAGAUUUUCUUGGCAAUGGCAACACUUUGUCAUCAACCUAAACCAGAUGUAUGCAAUUUCAUUGAAGAUCUUAAAUUAGCUGGUAUUCGAUUUGUUUAUUUCUCACCUACUGCCGAAAGGGAAAGCAAAGCAUAUGCCGAAAGACUUGGCCUUGAGACAGAUUGGAAUACCUGUAUUUUGCUUUCUUCACCUGGUGAUGAAAAUUCCUUUGGAGAUGGUUAUUUGGAGUCUCAUGAUAUAAAAGCUCGUCUUCCGCGUGGGGUCGUUAAUAUAAGGGAUCAUUUAAUGGAGACAGACGAUAUUCCGUUACAAGUAUCCUUGUUUUCAGAAUGUACACCUGAAACAACACAGGAGAUGAUUAAAAUAUUUCAAGAAUACGGAGAGGUUGUGUGUUGCGUUGGAAGCGCAUUGAACGCUUUUAAUACACAUAGCUUUGCUGUGGCAGAUGUAAGUGUUGCUAUUGAACCUAUGCACACACGUGCACAAACCAAGAAUGGGCUAUGUCACUUGGGCACUAAAGGGCGAUCUCCAAUGGCACUUGGUGCGGCGUUCACGACUUUGCCAUGUGGGCUAUUUAUGCAUUAUGAUACAAGUCUGUAUGCUCUCACCGAUAUAAUACGCGAAUCUAGGCGAUUAAUUAACGGUCUGAGAAUGGGAGUGUCAUUUAUGGGCGGCGCAUAUCUUUCUAUCUCACUUUUAUUUGUGCUAUCUUACUUUCUUUUCCUACCACCUAUAUUUACCGGAUAUCAAAUAUUAUGGGUUACGUGUCUUUAUCAUUUCGGUAAUGUGAAAUUAUUCGGAUCAUUUGGAAAUGAUGGAUGGUUGAGAUGGUCUCAUGAACAACAAUGGACUUUAAAUUGA